AUUAAUUAAAUACCUAUAUCAUUGCUCUAUUUUAUCACGGAAAUGAAACUUGCACAACUUUUCUAUUUUCAUGAUAUUGAGGGGUGAAACAUAUAUCAUGGCCGUAUCGGUUAAUCGAGACCAAUUUGUUGACGCCCUCUCGAGUUAAAAAAUAAAUUGAUAUUAGAACACUGUUCGAAUAAUGCAUAUUCAUUACGACGUUAUGCAUAUUGAUGAAUACGUCAUCGCGCAUGCGCAGUAUCAAGAAAUACCCGUAUGUGUGUAGCUGAGUAUAGUACUAGUAGAAAGCAAACAUCGAACGGUGCGUGCAAGCUCAAAGCGCCGAAGCCAGCCGGCUAGCGACUUGUUUGUGCUUCGAACACGAGCUACCGGUUCACAGUCACAACGGGACAUUAUCAUCGCACGCGAAAGGAUCUAAUAACGGCCGACAAUAAGGAUAAAUUUAAAUGGAAGAAUCGAGGGGAAGGAGUAAGGAAGCGCAGAGAAGGGCGAGAGCUCGGUACGAAGAAAGAGAAAGAGAACAAAGAUCAAAGAGGAAGCAUGUAGUUUUGAUGGAGAAAACAUUCCUUCAGUGGAAUGAAGCCAAGGAAAGGGGAGGCUUCGACACUAGCGAUGAGCUGGCGGAAUCAUUGUUGGCAAUGUUUCUCACGCAAACGCCAGUUAAAUCUGCUGAAUCUGCCCAUGGAACUAGAGAUAUGGAGAUGUUGCCGGUUACAGCAUCCACACCACUUUACCGAAUGAAAGACAUUCAUCUACACAGUUCCACAGCUGUCAGUCCUCCCUCUGAAAAUGGAUCCAGUCCAACUGUGUCUGGGAUUCAUUCGCUGCAGGAGGAAUGUGCAACAGUAGAGCUUGAAGAGCAAACACUGGUCAAUCAGGGAUUUGAUGUCAACAUCAGUUAUUCACAUGUGGCCACAUCAGAGUGGUUCGAUGAGGAGGAGGAGGAGGAUGAAUAUGAGACUGCGUAUGAAGGUGACAGUGACUUUGAACCUGAAAGCGAAUUUCAACCUGAAAUAACCUUUCAUGAAGGACCUCUCCCUAAAGACAUUGAUGUUAUUGGAGCGGAGGAGGAGGUCAUUGGGGAGCUACCUCCCCAACAGCUCGACGAACCAUGCGAGGCAUUCACAAGGAGUGGCCUCCAUGCCAAAGUCGCACCAACACAGGCUGCAGAAACAAACUUCUGUAUUGUCUCCUUGAGCAGACUCAAAAGCCUAUGUAAAGAAGUAAGGUCAUCGUGCAAAUGCAGAGAGGACUUAGAUGUCGAAUUGACACCAUCUGGCACAUCUGUGCAUGUGAAAUGGGUUUGCUCGAAUGGCCAUGUUACAAGCUGGUGUGGGCAGGAAACCCUACAAAGGUCUCAUGUGGGAGACAUGAAGCUGGCCUCGGCUAUUGUCAUGACAGGCAAUAAUUUCAAUAAGGUGAGCCUGUUAGCCAGAUUCAUGUCCCUGAACAUGAUAUCUAGUUCAACUUUCUAUGCACACCAGCGUAAGUACAUUGCCCCGACCAUCGAGAAGAAAUGGGAGGAAGUGCAGGCAACUGUGUUGUCCAAACACAAGGAGGGAAGGAUAGUUCUUUGUGGUGAUGGUCGCAAUGAUUCACCAGGAUUUUGUGCGCGAUACCUGACGUACAUUCUCAUGGCACAUGACACGAAAGACGUAGUUGACGUGCAGGUGGUUGAAAAGAGAGAAACUGGGGGGAAGAGCCCACUUAUGGAGUUGGAGGGAUUGAAGCGGGGUCUUAACAAACUUGAACAAGAAGGGGUGCAGGUUGAUGAACUGGUGACUGAUGCUCAUCCUUCAAUUACCCGCUAUAUGAGAGAGAAAAGGCCCACCAUUCGUCAUUCCGGGGAUGUAUGGCAUGCUGGGAAAAAUCUUGGAAAGAAGCUAACCAAGGCAGCAGGCAAGGUUUCAACAUGUGCACUAUUGUAUUGGGUGAGGCAUGUCGUGUUUCACUUUUGGUGGUGCGCCGAGACAUGUGGCAGGAGCAGUCGAGCAUUUCUUGCAAAAUGGAGAGGACUGACCCAUCAUGUAACUGACAAGCAUGAGUGGGUUUCUGGCUUGGGUGAAGGCACAGUGACCUGCAGUCAUGAGGAGUUACCUGAGAGGGAGGAAUGGCUGCAAGCAGGAUCUCCUCCACAUCGUGCAUUGGUAGAGUUAUGCUAUGAGAAGCGGUUUUUGUCAAACAUUGAGCGAUAUGUGACAUUCAGGCACACUUCCACCAUUGAAAGCCUGAACAAUCACAUUCUUAUGUAUGCUUCAAAGCGAUAUUCAUUUGGGUAUCGUGCAUUUCGGGCACGAAACUUUAUGGCAGUCAUUGAUUACCAAGCCCACAAGGAUAGACCUUACAAGAAGGAUGCAAAUGGCGAAAAAAGGCACCAAAUCAGAUGGUCCAAGCAUGCAAGGCAGUAUGUAGCCGUUGGUGUAAAAGAAGCAAAAACCUACCCCUACCUGAGAGAAAUGAUGGAGGAAAUCUUCAUCAUGCGCGCAAAUGAUCCACUGCCACUCUCCUCCCCUAUCGAGAUGCUGGAAACUGAUCCACGCCGUAUAAGGCCACGACUUGAAACAGCAAUGCCUCUACCCAAUGUUCAAGAAAUUUUGGAGAGAAGGAGGAGUAGAUUUGCCGUAUAAACUUUUCAGGAACAUGACCAUCUCGGACCCAUUGUUGGAAUCAUUCCAAAAAAAGGUUGCAAAAUGGAAACAAAGCUAAAUGUUGAUUUUCUUUCAUCCAAUCUGAGAAGCUUGAAUUAAAAGUUUAAUUCUUGAUAUCAAUUUCCUUUUCUGAUUGUAAACCAGUACAUAUCCAGAAAUGAGCUUAUUUUUAUUUUUUAAACCCAAAAUACUAGACCAGUCACCAUAAGGAACACAAUGAUACAUGCAGUUGUGCACAAAUGUAAAAAAUAUAUUAAAUUGUCUUCGUAAAAAAAAAUCACUAUAAAAGAAUUUUAAACUUGUUGGAAUAGUUGACUGUAUUGCAUAGCUGAUAUUAAUUUUCUUUUUCUUUUGGAGUAAGUUGCAAAACAUAAUUAACAUGAAACCAUAUGGACAACUGAAAUCAGUUUGUUAUUCACAACUCCAUCUUCUUGGAGUGGUUGGCAGAGGCACUAAUCUUUGAGGGCGUUUGUCCUUUGUGGUUCCAUUUUCAUGAUAACAUCUGACGGGUCAGUGUCUUAGUCAAGGUUUACAUUGAGGAGUGACAAUUUGAGUAGUGUUUCAGAUCAUGUGAUGUAAUUUACAGAGGUCAUUGCAUACAUCUGAAUAUGUCACUGUCAUGAUAUUGAUUGAAGGACUUUUGGGAUCCAAUUCAAACUUACAUUGUGUACAUAUUGCAAUGAUAAUGACGCGAUUAUUUUUUAAUGACACAGAGGUCACAAUGUAGCAAAGAAUAUAUCUUUUUGCGAUAGCUAAAGAACAUUUUUAGUAUGUGUGCACAUAGGAGGACAAAGAUCUGGGGAGCGUUUCAUGAAAGGACUUGUCGGACGUUUUAUCAGACAAGUACUGUUUUAUCCGACAGUUACUA